UAAGGUUUUAGAUAUGACGUCAUACAUUUCAAAACCGCUUCCGAUGAAAAGCUUCCGGGGGAAUGAAAUGAUUGCCACGAGAAAAAGCGUUCCGAUGAGCUGGUUGAAAAAAGAUGAUGAUGGAGGUGGAGGACGGUGAUGCUGUGAUGCUCAGACUGUCUAACGCCGACAUCGAACCUUCGGUGCAGCCAUCAUCAUAAUAGAAGAGCCAUCACAACUACCAGUGUUAUUGAUCUCCAUCGCAAGUUUCUGUCUAUUCAUUGACAAUGUGCCGACCGGACGAGACAGAGGAAGGUGUUAUUCCAGAAGAUGACCAUCUGCAGUACAUGCUCGGCUGCCUGAGCGACGAAGAAUUGGAGAUUGCCGCUCGGACGAGUUACCAGUACGCCAAAGAGGGAGGCAAUGAGGAAGUUAGAGACAAGCAUGCCAUGGCCAUGGCCCGUCGGUAUUUGAAAUCGAAAAAGAACGUCGACAAGGCCCUGGACUACAUGAAGGCUACGAUUCAGUUUCGCAGCGACAUGAAGAUUGACCGGCUCCGGACUGUCUUUGAUGGCAAAGAUCUAGGUCACCACCAAGACGAGGAGAAGACACCAACAAGUGACGACGAGGACGUCGAUUCCAAUCCCAAUGUGGAUACUGAAAAGUUUGCGUCUCAAUUGGAAAGCAGGCUAUCCUCCAAGAAGAACUUUGUCAUGGGGUAUGACAAGGAAGGACGGGCUACCUUUCACUUCAUUCCACGAUGUACGCAGCACCACGACCUAGAGUGGACCAUGCUGGAAUCCAUUUAUACCAUGGAGAGGGCUAUUGCCUGUAGUGAACGGCGUCGUGGAGACGGUUCCAUCAAUGCCAUGAUUGAUUGUGCCGGAUUGAAGCAGUGGGCGCACACUCCACCCAUGAAUGUGGGAAAGUACUUUCUCAAAACACUCCGACGGCACUACAUUGGACACAUUCAAAAGAUCUUUAUCCUCGAUGCCCCACUGGGGUUUGCCUGGCUGUGGAAGAUUCUCUCGCCCUUUGUAGGGACUGCCACUCGCAACAAGAUUGUCUUUCUCUCGGGUACCGAUGAGAAGAUGUCAUAUCUGAGCGGUCCACAGUGUUACUACGAGGAGAGCGAAGCAGCGCCCUGGAUGUUGGAGAGUGGCAAAAAAGACCGAGAGUUGGAUAUGCAGGAGUACCUUUACAGGACACCCUUUGAUCGUGCCUUUGAUGAUGCAUGAUAUAGAAUGAAUGAAUAGAUUUACUUUGCUUCUUUGCAACAAGUUAAAAAAAAAUGUAGUCGAACAACCACCACAU